UUUUCUGGACUGCAUCCAUGUGGGACUCCAAAUGGGAGUGGGUGUGCUGACGACUGGUGUCUGAAUUCUACAGGAGUGAUGGGCCUAGGCCAGCUCACAGUCACACCGACCCUCCUCUAGUCCUCUUCCUGCCGCGUCUGGCGCCUGCCGACGCUGCCGUGCCACCCUGAAGCACCACUGCGGACUGCCCAGUAGCCGUUCCAAACGGCAAGGGACUGACCAGCCAAACCAAAUCCACGGCCAUCACUAGCAGGCAAAACAACAACUGCGUCUAGCGCACAGUCACAUCGACGUCGCGCGUACAUCCAACCACAAGACGGGGACGCACCAGCUUUUGCGCCCUGUACCCUCCUGCUCGUCACCCCGCCUCACUUUACUCCACUUCAGUGCUUCACUGCACUGCACCCACUGCUGCGGCGCGGCGCGCGCCAAGAAGGAUGCCGACGCCGCCGCUGUGCCUGCUCGCGGCGGUGCUGCUGCUGCUGGCGCCGGCCGGGGCGCAGGAGACGUGCUCGGGGGCGGCGCCGGCCCCGCCGCGGCGCGGGGCGUGGAUGUCCGUGGCGGGCUUCGGCGCCGUCGGGGACGGGCGGACGCUCAACACGGCGGCGUUCGCGCGAGCCGUGGCGCGCAUCGAGCGCCGCCGCGGCGCGCGCGGAGGCACGCUGCUGUACGUGCCGCCCGGGGUGUGGCUGACGGGGCCUUUCAACCUCACCUCGCACAUGACGCUCUUCCUCGCCCGCGGCGCCGUCAUCCGCGCCACCCAGGACACGUCGAGCUGGCCGUUGGUCGACCCGCUGCCGUCGUACGGAAGAGGGCGCGAGCUGCCUGGUGGAAGAUACAUGAGCUUGAUCCAUGGCAAUGGUCUCCAAGACGUCUUCAUCACAGGUGAGAAUGGCACCAUUGAUGGGCAAGGUAGCGUGUGGUGGGACAUGUGGAAGAAGCGCACGCUGCCCUUCACAAGGCCGCACUUGCUGGAGCUCAUGUACUCCACCGACGUGAUCGUCUCCAAUGUCGUCUUCCAGGACUCGCCGUUCUGGAACAUUCACCCAGUUUACUGCAGCAAUGUAGUAAUAGCAAACGUGACUGUGUUGGCACCACAUGAUUCCCCAAACACUGAUGGAGUCGAUCUAGAUUCAAGCAAUAAUGUCUGCAUCGAAGACUCCUAUAUUUCCACAGGAGAUGACUUGAUUUCCAUCAAGAGUGGCUGGGAUGAAUAUGGCAUUGCCUUUGCUCGCCCAAGCUCUGGCAUCACCAUCCGGAGGAUAACAGGGUCCGGCCCCUUUGCUGGGUUUGCAGUUGGAAGCGAAACCUCUGGUGGCGUGGAGAAUGUCUUUGUGGAGCACCUGAAUUUCUUUAGCAUGGGUGUUGGGAUCCAUAUCAAGACCAACUCAGGAAGGGGAGGAUACAUCCGGAACAUUACUGUCUCCGAAGUGACCUUGAAUGGAGCUCGAUAUGGUUUGAGGAUUGCCGGUGACGUUGGGGGCCACCCUGAUACAUCCUACAACCCGAAUGUGCUUCCUGUUGUCGACAGUGUGACAAUUAAGAAUGUUUGGGGUCAGAACAUAAGGCAAGCUGGGCUGAUAAGGGGCAUUAGGAGCUCAGUUUUCAGUCGCAUAUGCCUCUCAAAUGUAAAGCUCUAUGGCAGUGCAUCUAUUGGGGCAUGGAAAUGCCGAGAUGUCAGUGGCGGUGCACUUGAUGUGCAACCAUCGCCAUGUACAGAGCUGGCUAGUACAUCUGAGACAGGUUUCUGUACAACUUAGAUCUGAUUCUCCCAAGUGAAUGUUGUUGCUCUCUGUUCCGGUUAGGCAUAUAAGUCCUCCUGAGAAAUAGCAAUAAAGAUGUCAGCAUUACUGUUUUUUGAUUGGCAGAAAUGUUUGCUGAUUAACUGGAACAUGUAACUUAACAAUGACCUGUGACUAUCCAUCAGUCAUUACCUUGUUCACAGGGACAUUCAGUCCUCCCUUUGUUUCUCUGAA